CACGAGCGACCACGGAGACGUCCAAACAAAUUGACACGGUCGUGCAAGGCAUCCUCGAGAUAUACGACUCGUGCCAUAUACUACCGAUGGACAAGUCGAGGACUCGCAUGAAUAUCGAUCCGAAAAUUGAUAUACCAAUCAUUUCGUUUCAUUGACAGUUUAAUCGUCAAAAACUGAACAUGGAGACUAGAGUGCUUAAGUCGCCGGCCUGUGACGGACAGCUACUAUGGUGCGGGGUCCUGUCAUGAGAUAUGGCUCGCGCGUGUCCACCCCGUAGGUGUCUUAGGAGGCCACUUACGGGGUAGGUGGCCGUCAGGCAGCAGCACGCGACAACGAGAGGAAAUAUAUCGUCUGGCGGAGGAUGCGUUGCGCGGUCAUCAUGUAGGACUCUGGCCGCUCCUGUCGCCGUAUCUGUUCAUCCAGAUAGUCUGGGGCCUACGGUGCGAGGAGCUGCUGCCCAGGUUCGUGCUGCAUCUGCCGUUGGAGCUAUCUGUCGAAAUCCUCAGCACCGUCAUACCGUGUCUGGCGGAGCUGGAGUUCGAGCGGGUCGUGAAUCUCGUGAUUCAGCUUACAAAUUAUAUGUACAAAUUCAUCUACAAACUGAGCGUCACCGGCACGCAGGCGGACCCAUACGAAGAACUCGUACAUCAGUUGCUGGCGAACUUUCAGGAGUUGUUGGACCAGCUGACGAAUCCAAGGAUAACUCGGUUUACCGACUUGCCCGAGCAUUUGAGAUACGAGCGUCAAGGAAUCAUUUUGAAGAGCAUCAUUCGCAUGAGCAAGUUGUGCACGAUAGAGAAAACACACGGCGGCAUACAGGACAGCACUGAACAUUUUUACACACUUACAUUCGGCAAUGAAGCAUGCCAGAAAUUGUCAUCCGAGUUACUAAAGUCUUGCAUCAAUGAGAUGGACCAGUCUCUGAUAACACUGUUGAUGGAUCAUUUGAAGCAAGUGAAUUGCAACAUGUAUCUUAGUUGGGUCGAGAUAGACGACCGGGAGAACCCGUUAAUGAAUCUGCAACGCGCUAUUAUCAUGGAAUGCGUCUACUUCAUGAAGGUUAUAAAGAUGGACGUCAAGUUGCAAGAAAACCAGGAGCUGAAAACGUGUUUGGAUCAGCUGGUAGGAUCGCACAACCAGCCGCAGUUGACGCUGCAGGAGAUCUACAAUGGCAUAGAGUCAGGCCAACUGAAAGACAUGAAAGACCUGCUGCUACGUUACCGCGAAUGGAAUGAGGUAACGUUGCAUUUCAUCUACACUUGGGAUAAGUUGUUGCUGAACGAGAACUUUGAGGUGCUCUUCAAAUACCUCAAGUAUACGUUCUCAAUGAAGCAGUAUACGUGGCAGGAGAAGGUGAAGUUCCAGAUAUUGGUGAUGAAGAUAGCUCUGAAGCGUCGUGUGAAGGACCUUUAUGACAUCACGUUAAUAUACGUACUGCACCAUUAUAACGACACUUUCCUACAGGAGCUUUAUAAUCGAGACAACUUUUACGCUCGGAUGAGACAAGUGACUGACACAUGGGAGAGCCCAAUUUUCUUAAAAGCACUGCUGAUAUACAUACUGCACAGUCCCAAAGAAGUGUUGAUGACUUUGAUCUCUAUGGCUAUUAGCAAGUCCAAUAAUUUUACGUGCACAGCACAACAGCUUUUGAUAUUACGACCUUUUCUGUGCCUAAAACUCGAUAACGGUAAGUCAUUCUUGACGGAAAUGCUGUAUCAGCUGUGCUUGCAACCCCAUCACUGGGAUAUACAGAAGUACACGUUUUUCAUCACCACGAUGUUGAAAUCUUUCGUCACUUUGCCGGAAGAUUUCAUGAUCAACGUGUUCAUACGUUAUCUGGUGGAGCAGUCGUUCGACCAGAACAACGUCACUUGCAUCCUCUUAAGUAUCUGUAAGAUUCUCGACACCUACACGCUCAAAACCGGUGUAGUGGAGCUGUGCUUGGUAGUGGGGCGCAAGAUCAGCCAUUGGCGCAAAUGUGAGCCGACGAAACUACGUAAAGACGUGAACGAGCUGUUGGUGAAGCUAGUGUUCGUGUUGAAGAAAUGCACGCAGAAGCAUUCUAUGACAGUCCAACAGAAGCGACAGGUGUUGGAUACUAUAAUAUCGCACAUCGAGCCAUUGGAUAAAGCAACCUUCUCGCCACUCUUAUACAUGGUGCAGAGCAACAUUCUCACCAUUAUUGACGACUAUGCGAAACGCUGCUACUCGGUGCGCAAUAAAUACAAACAGACACGGAAGAUCAAUGAUGUCUAUUUUUUCUGUAGGUAUAUAGACAAUAUCCAAUUGGAGAAGCAGGAUUUUGUCCGGCACAUGAUACUGCACGCCACCGAGUCAGAAUAUCUUGAAUACUGCAUGGACAUGACAGUCAACUAUUGGUUCUUCUUCGGAUGGCUCAACGAAACUGAAGCCUAUGAUAACGUGACACGCAUCACCAUGGAGGCGAUAUGCAUCGGACUCGAGCACUCGGAUAACCUGCCCUACGACAGCUUCCUCGUGCUGUUGAAGUACUGCAUGCAUUUUACCGAACUUUUCAUGUGGAAAAAUGAAGGGCUCACCUGGUGUGACACAAUCAUGCAAAUCCUGCUGAAGAAUAUGUCCAUCGUCGUCACGAGCAUACAAUGCAGAAAACAAUUGAAAGAGUACGAACAGCUUCUCACGGAAAUGAAAAAUAUUAUAAAAACAACGAAAUUGUUCCCGGCUAUUUGGGUCGAAGUUGAUCGAUUUAUAACAUACAUAAAUAACGAGAACGAGCAGUCGUACAACUUAAAUGACGAAAUCAACGAAAGCAAUAAUUUGGAGAAUGCGAAUAUCGACGCGAUGUUCAACUCCUACAAAUUAAUAUGCACCUGUUUUUCGAUAUGCGGCACGGAGAAGCAUCAUCAAUUCAUCGAGAAGCUGGAGGACAUGAUGUUUUCCGACGAGUUCAGUUAUCUCAAUUAUCACCCACUUUAACUGGAAGACUGCAACAACGCAAUGACGUCACGCAAAUGCGACGAUGAUACGAUGAUCUCGUCAAUCGUUCGAUGCGCGUCACGUUGGUAAUUACGAUUCGAACUCGAACGCACGCUCCAAGUAGUAUCGAUAUCGUCCGUGGCUAAUUCUUAGUGGACGUGCAUUGUCCUGAAAGAGAAAAUCUUGACGAAAUCCGAGUUCCGAGACAAUUUACCAAAAUAUUAGAAGCAUGUAAUUAUGCGCAGAAAUUCUGGCGAUAUAACGAAAAAUUACGUAACAAAAUAUAUGAUUAAUGUGCCGAAAAUUUUUUUAUGUAUUUAUUUGUUUACGAAAGUAAGCAAAUCACAUCUCUUGCGAAACGUUCUUCUUUCGGAUGAAGUUGGAAAUAUAUCUGCGUGAUAAUCGAUCAUGACAGGAGCCGAAGUGGUGGGCAUAAAUAGUCUGGAAAAAUCAUAAUCUCGAAAUUCGAAACCGAAACAAUUUCUCGAAAGUUGUAAUUUCGAAUACAGAGGCAUAUUCCGAAGUGCAAUUUUUCCCCGAAGUGUACAGUUAAUAUUGAAUAAAUGGGAGAAACUUCCUUUGUUACAAAAGGAAUAUAUUUUCACAUGCAGAGACGUGAGGUAUAAAAAAAAUAGUAAAAACUGUUUCGAGAAAACAAUUACACUGAAAAGAUAUUAAAUAUAUCAGUAUAUAUACUGAUAUAUUUAAUAUUUACCCAUUAGCAUAUACAAGGUGUUCCAGAUUAACAUUGUCUCUUUACGAGAGCGUAGAACAGAUUGAGAUAAACAUAAAAGUCCUAUAUCAUUUUACGAUAUUUAUAAUAAAUCUCGAGAUAUUAAUUAAAGAAGAUUAGUGAAUCACGUGCGUAUGUAGUGGCGCUGUGUGUGUUGUGUGUUUGUACAUUCAACCAAAUUGAACAAAAAAUUAUUUUGCAAAUUAUCAUGUAGAUUUUAAAUUAUUCAUAAAAGAAAAUUGUUAUAUAAUUAUGCGCGCUAAUACACAAAUUUUCUUUAA